UCAGAGCGGCAGGGACAUAGUCAGUCAGGGCUAUAUGGAAGGUAGAGGACACAGCGGUGCUACUAAACAGCCAGUCACCAACCAGAAACAGGGCAAAAUGUCACAGAACAAACUUACACAGGAACAGGUUGAAGAAUACCGAAAGGCCUUCGCCAUGUUUGAUCCCAAAGGCCAAGGUUAUAUAACAACAGAUGGGCUGAAAAAAGUUCUCAAAAAAUUGGGAAAGAAUUUAACGAAAACGGACUUGAAAAAAAUCAUCAAGAAGGUCGAUACGGACGGUAACGGUAAGAUUGACAUGUCGGAGUUCAUGGCAAUGAUGUCGAUGGCGAAUAAGCGAGGCGAAGACGAGAGUCACAUACGGGAGUCCUUCCGGGUUUUUGACCUGGACGGUAAUGGUUACAUCUCCAAGGCUGAGUUACGUCAGGUGAUGGGGAACCUGGGGGAGAAGCUGACGGACGAGGAGGUACAGGACAUGAUCCGGGAGGCAGACGCUGACGGCGACGGUCAGAUUAACUACGAGGAAUUUGUGAACAUGAUGUUUGGAAAAUGAAAGAUGCACCGACUCCUAGAACGGAUGCUCAUGGGACCGGAGCAUGGCAAAUUCCCGUACAUUUUGGAACUUUUCAUUGCAUUGUUAAAACCGUAUCAAGCCUUUUUAUAAGGUUAAUCAUCGUUAUUCAUUAUAACACACGGAUCUCAACACCCUCCAUACAUGUAUAGGAUUUGAGGCACGGUGCAAUCUUGUUUGUGUAAUAUAAAAUUAUAUUCUCACUUUCUUUCCGUUUUCCCCGAAUUUCCGUACAACUGAGAAUGUAAGCGAGGGACGUUAACCAUGAGUCUUUUUAUGUUAAUAAGUAUAGAUAUUAAUACAUUGAGGUACAUGGCGUACACUCAGGAUGCGGGCCAUCUGUGCUCGAUCUGUAUGUUUACUGACCAAGUGUCAUUAACAGCGAUCUGUAUUAGCUCACAAAAGUAAAAUUUGAAAUAAUCGUGAAUAAUAAACAGAAAGAGUGUGUGUAUCAUGUUAUAUUUAAGACCAAUGAACAUAUAGGCCUACAAACGAUGUAGUCUUGUAUGACAUCGUAUAAAUGUAUCAUAUGGUUGACAAAUAAAAUGCCAACCAUAUUUGCUGUAGUUAUGAUUUUAUUAUCUCAAAGCUCUUGUCACUCAAAACACA